UCCUUUUUCCCCGGGGAAGACGGGUGGGCCCCUCGUUUCAGCACCCGGUUCGCCCCGGGAGCGACUCGGGAGCGCACCGGCGACUCGGGAGCCAUGGACUGGAAGCGCCGGCGCACGCUGAGCAGCGGCGCGGUGAAGCGGGUGGCCAUCGUCGGGGGCACCCAUGGCAACGAGACGAAUGGCGUGCAUCUGGCCAAGCACUUCAUGAGGAACCCUCAGCUGGUGAAGCGCAGCUCUUUCGAGACAGAGGUGAUCCUGUCUAAUGUUGCUGCCAUCAAGCAGAACACUCGCUAUGUGGAGGAGGACCUGAACAGGUGCUACCUCCUGGCCGACCUGCAGAGUGAGGAGAAGUCCAAGUCCAGCUUGGAGCGCAAGCGCGCGCGUGAGGUGGAUGCGGUCUUGGGCCCGAAGGCUUCAGAGUCUCCUCGCUGCGAUCUGGUUAUCGACCUGCACAACACCACUGCUGCCACAGGCGUGGCCUUGCUCAUGGCCCCGGAUGAUGAGUUUGCCCAUGAGAUUGGGCAUCACUUGAGCACCUUGGACGACUCGGUGCGAAUCGUGGAGUGGAACGACCAACCAGACUGGCCCUUGUGCCCUUCGGUCGGGCGGAGCGGCCUCACCUUUGAGGUGGGCGCGUGCCCAUGGGGCUGCUUGGAGCCGGAGCUCUUCCAGCGCUCCCGCAGGCUCGUCUCAGCGCUUCUGGACUAUGUAGACAAGCACAACGCCUUGAUCGCCAACGGAAAGCGCGAGGAGGUCACGAUGAAAGUCUACCGCUCUAUUGGCGUCUCCAUCGACUAUCCCCGCAGCCCCGAUGGAGAUCCCGUGGGACACGUGCAUCCGGAGCUGCAGGGGCGCGACUUCAAGCAGCUCCGGGAUGGCGAUCCGCUGUUUAUGACCUUCGAUGGCGAGGAGGAGAAGUUUGACAGGAAAGCUCUCAAGGUGCCUGAGAAGUAUGAUUCUGUCUACGCCUUGUUCGUGAAUGAGGCGGCCUACUACGAGAAGAAGGUUGCGUUGAUGCUAAUGAGCUGUGGAGAGGCAAAGUUCUCUAAGCUGGCAUGAGGCGCCGCUCGCGAGUGCCAGUUUCAAGACUGGUUUUGUAAGCUGGC